AAAAGAUGCUUUGACGGUACACCAAACUCGGACAAAAAUCUCACAAAGAACAGCCCUCCCAAGUUUCGAAGCUGAAACCGUCCAGCUCUGACAGAAAAUGGUUAUGCGGAUUUCAUUAUUUAAUAAAUUUUUAGGCCUAGUUUAUGGAGCCAUUUGGAUUAUUGUUUUGUUUACACUGUAGGCAUCGCAAUACUAAACGUAUCUUCUUCGUAAAAGAUUUAAGUAUGGAUUGUACAAAAAAUGGAUUGUUUUUUAGUGUAAAUAUGGAUGCCAUUAACGCCAAUGACUAGGCCUGCUUUCAAAUAAAAUAUAGCCUAAUUUUCUCUAUAAAGUGCUCAAACAGUCGAGAAAUUGAACAGAAUUCCACAAAAGAGGCGAACUGCAUUGAUACUCGUUCUUCAAGCUUAAUGGGAGACUACAAGAAAUCCGAGAUUAAUGAGCUGGAAGGAUUUGUUGACUGGAAAGGAAGACCUUCGCAAAAGGCUCACCAAGGUGGAAUUGCCGCGAUCUUUAUUUAUGUAACGCAGUUUUUUGACAGCGUGGCUUUCUUUGCUAUGAUUGUGAACCUUGUGACAUAUUUCAAUGAAAUUAUGCAUUUGGAAAUCGCGAAAUCAGCCACCACGCUUACCAGUUUUGUUGGCACUACGUUUCUGAUGGCGCUGCUGGGAGGACUGAUUUCUGACUCAUACAUUGACAGAUACAAGAUGAGCUUUGCCUCUGCUUGCGUAGAGCUUGCCGGCUACAUUAUAUUGUUAGUGCAAGCACACCAUGAAUCAUUAAAGCCUCCUCCCUGCAACCCUUUCAAUCCCACUUCUAACUGUGAGAAAGUAAGGGGAGGCAAAGCUGCAAUGUUAUUCACUGGCCUGUACUUGAUCGCUGUUGGGAAUGGAUGUCUCAAGGGUGCUCUCCUACCAUUUGGAGCAGAUCAGUUCAAUGACAGAGAUCUCAAAGGCAGGAGAAAAAUAUCCACUUACUUCAACAUGUUUUUAUUCAGCAUUAGUGCAGGAGGAGCAUUUGGAGUCACAGUAAUAGUAUGGGUCAUGAACAAAAAGGGUUGGGAUAUAGGCUUUGGCAUCUGCGCAGCAACUGUCUUCCUUGCAACCAUAACCUUUAUCAGUGGCACCACAUCUUAUCGUAACAGAAUCCCACAAGGAAGCCCUCUAACCCGCAUCUUACAAGUCUUUGUAGCUGCUAUAUAUAACCGAAAGCUCGCCCUCCCAGAGAAUCCCAACGACCUAUAUGAGUUAGAUUAUGAGGAAGUGAAUAUGGACACUCAGAAGCUUCUAAAUACAGAACAGUUCAAGUUCUUGGACAAAGCAGCAAUAUUAACAGAAACGCCCUCCAAUUAUGUGAAAAUGGAGCCCAGUAAGUGGCGUUUAUGCAGUGUAACCCAAGUAGAAGAAACAAAAAUUGUACUUCGGAUGAUCCCAAUCUUUGGAUGCUCAAUAAUACUGAGUACAGGUUUAGCACAACUGCAGACAUUUUCUGUGUCUCAAGGCCUGACAAUGGAUCGAAGUAUGGGGAAGAAUUUUGAUAUCCCAGCAGCUUCUCUGCCAUUUAUUCCUAUAGUAUUCCUAGUCAUCAUUAUCCCCAUCUACGAGAAAUUUUUUGUUCCAUUUGCCCGAAAAUUCACUGGACAUGAAACAGGGAUUACCCAUUUGCAAAGAAUUGGAGUGGGAUUAGUCUUAUCUGCCAUCUCCAUGACCAUAGCUGCUCUGGUUGAGGUGAAGAGAAAAAAUGUGGCAAGAGAAACUGGAAUGGUGGAUUUCAUACCAUUGUUCAUGCCACCCAUUCCAAUUAGUGUGUUCUGGCUUGGAUUCCAAUACUUUGUUUUUGGAAUUGCAGACUUAUUCACCUUGGUGGGUAUGAUGGAAUUCUUCUACAGUGAAGCCCCUGAAAGAAUGAGGUCCAUGGCCACUGCAUUCUCAUAUACAUCACUCUCACUGGGUUACUUCUUCAGCACCAUUUUGGUGGAUAUUGUGAAUGCUGCAACUCGAAACAUCACAGAAAGCAGAGGUUGGCUUCGUGGGAACAAUUUGAACCGCAACCAUCUUGAUCUGUUUUACUGGUUGCUUGCUAUUCUCAAUGUGAUCAACUUUGUCAAUUACCUUUUCUGGUCCAAAUGGUACAAACACAAGCCUGUGUUUGAGAAAACAAGUAAUGUAUGAAGACCUCCACAUGAAUCCCUGGAAUUUAACUUCACUAUUAAUUUUUCUUGGUGGAAUUCCAGAUACCAUUUCACCAGCCAAAUAUGUCACUUUUGGUUUACAGAGAUUUUCA